AUGGCACAUGUGAUAGAUCCCAGAAAGGGCCAUGUGGACUUAGACAUGUACAAAAGCUCGUACAUGAUUGACUAUCAGCCCUAUGGGAAGCACAAAUACUCUAAGGUCACACCGCAAGAGCAGGCAAAGCUCUACCGCCAACUCCGGGACAAAGAGUUUUAUAGAUCUAUCCGCAGCCCCAACCCCAGACUGGAGGAUGGCUACCCUGCCUUUCAAAGACCUCACAUGACUGCGAAAGACCUGGGGCGCCCUGGCUUCUUCCCAUCACAAAAUGUUGCAGCCCCAGUGGAAGAUGACUGCUGGUUCACCACUACCUGCUAUUCUGUGUACCCGCAGUCUCUUGCACUGUACCUGUCCCAGGGAAACCCCCAAUGGCUUCACCAGAGACCUGAAUUUCCAUGUCUCCUGGAGCCAGAGCAUCAGCCUGCCCCACAUGUGGGCAAAGGCUACCUUCUAUUGCCUGGAUGCCCCUGUCCUAGUCACCAAAGAGUCAAGGUCCCCAUCUUGAAUCGGUGGGGGCCCCUGAUGCCCUUUUACCAGUAA